GCACACACAGGACACAUUUUCUUUACCACUGUUUUAGUAAUUACCACCAUUAAUUUUGUGACUCAUUUUUGCCUUCAUAAAAUAUUUUUACUGGUUUCUGUUUAUUAUUUUCCCUUUUUAUGUUGCACUUUUUCCCUUUCGCUUUUUCCAUUUAAACGUAAAAAAAGGUAGUGCGCGAAGAAGGAGAGAGAGAGAGGAAAAGAGAGGCGGGUGACAACAAUCUCUGACGGUGACUCCUCCGGGCGAUCGCGGAAUCCAUUUUUCUCCUUUUCCUCUUGUUCUUCAUCGCGCGAAGAAUUUCUCCGAUCACUGUUCAUCAUCACUUCCUUCGCCGUGCAAUUAUAUGCGCCAUUACGAUGAAGUGUGGAACAUCUACGUUGAAUCCAUAUGCUGAGUCAUAUGUCCCAAUUUCUAAAAGAGGGGGACCUAAUGGAAAGAACGACACAGGGCAUGUGGGAACUGAGUCUAAGGGGGCGAUUGAGGGUUCUGUAAUUGCACCUCGGCAGUGGGAUCCAACAUCACAAAGUCCCCAAUUGUAUAACAGUCAUGGUUAUGGUAGUUGGCAUGCUGCUGAAGAUUCCAAGCUAAAAGGUCAUUCUGGUUCUGGGUUUCAUGGUUCUUCUUCAUAUAGUUCAUCCGAGACCACAGAGAAAGGAGCCCAGGGUGAGGAUUUUGAAAUGGAUGUAACAUACCUGCAGAUGACAUUUCCAGGUAUAGCAGAGGAGUUUCUUUCUGAGAUCUACUAUGCGAACCAAGGUGAUUUGGACUCUGCAAUAGAUAUGCUUAACCACUUUGAGGUAAGUUUGUCACUCUAUACUAAUUCAUAAGACCGAUCAUUCUGUUUUACUUAAAUUCUUACUGCUUAUUUUAAGUGCCACUUCAUUGUUUUACCUUUGUGCUUUUGCUGCAUUUAAACUAAAAGAUGAAAUCAGACAUUUAUGUCCACAUGUCUUUGGUGGAUUUGGGGAAAUAAAAAUGUAGGAGCAUGUUGCAAUUAUAUGAUGAUAGAGAAAAUGACCAUGUAGUUAUCUGAAACUGUACUUUUAUUGGAUGUUUCACCGCUUACUGUGGUGUUAUGUUUAAAUUUAGAGGGAAGUUAAUGAUUAACAUUCGCCAACAGACAGUAGCUAUUAAAGACCAGAAAUUGGAAACUUGAUCCUCACUGUGUCUUUCAAACUUUAUAUUAACAAGAUGCCAUAUGCUGGCAUUAAUGGAGAUUCUGGUCUUAAUGUUAGGAUAUCUUUACAAAUGAGAGUGAGCCAUGGUUGUAUAUGCAGACUGGGGGAUACAUAGAUAGCCAAGGAGUAUCCUUCUAUUGUAAUAAAUCCGUAUUUGUAGCUCUGUUAUGGAUAUGAUCACCAGAAUGAUUAUUGGAAGUGAGGAUUUUUGCUUCCAUAUUUGUUGGAUCGGGUAUAUAUCUGAAACUGUGGGAAAACAAGAACAAAAUGAUUGAUCUUAAUUUCUUUUUUCCUAUUUUAUAUCUGAUUUUAAGUGUUUGUCGUAAUCUUGCAGCUCUCGUCUGAUUUUUCCCAAAAGCUUCCAGACUCUUUGGACAUUGGUGAUGUGCCAGAGCAUGGGAGUGCCCCUGAAAUCACCAGUCAGAAACUGAAGAAUGUGAAUGCCGAAUCUGGUGCUUCUUCAUCUGGUUUGUCUGGUGCAAAUGCUGGUGUCUAAUUCCAAUGCCUGCUGAGGUCUCGCUGAUAUACUAAACUGGAAAUGAAUUGUGAAUUUGGAACACAGUUUUCAUAGUUGAAUUCGGGAUUAGGGAUAGCCUGUCCAUUUUGGUUGUAAAUAGCCAGCAUAUAGAUGCUUAUACUUUGAAUGCACUUUCAACUGUGGAGGUCAUGUCUGUUUUACAGGUGAAGAGAAAGUGUGCUUUUACAUGCAGGUUGGUGGUAUUCAGAGACAGAGAAAUUUAGAGAUUUUUUUGUGCAAGAAGUUCAAUUCCAAAUGUUAUGUGUUUGGUUUAAUGGUUGUGUUUUUUGUUGGCAUUGUGUUUGUGUGUAUGUUUGUGUGGUCCUAAUGCCGCCCUUUUGGUAGCAUUAACAUAGAAAACGAGUUGCAUCACUAUCAAGUAUGCGUGGCACAAGUCAAUCCAGGUUCAACCUUAUUAUAGUCCCCAAACACAUAAACCAGCUGAGAUUCAUUAUUUUGUUUGUGCUAUAUGUAAUACUCCUUUUGUCCC